AUGCUUUCCUCUUUCUUCCCUGCAGACCCACAGGUGGCUCUGGUGACUGAGAUGGCAUCCUCUCUAAAGGUCCUAGGCCCUCUCUUGACCCUGCUACUUCCCCUAGGUGGGCUGCUUGUACACAGCCAGAACCUUUCCUGGAAGGAAUUCAUGAAACAGCAGUACCUGAGCACGAGCUGGAAAUUCAGCAACUACAAAUGCAAUGCUCUCAUGAGGGAAAGAGAAGGUCCACAAGACAGGAACUAUCACAUCUUCAUCUAUACCUUUUGGCACAAAAUCGAGCAUAUUUGCCUCAGGAAGUGGAGAGACCGUUACAGAAAUGUAUACAUAUGGGCCCAGCAUCCCUUCAAAAUACUCCAGUGCUACCAGGAGGGCAACCAAAAGAGCUACAGAGAGCACAGGGGGUAUAGCCACAUUGAAUUCCACUGUGGCAUGAAUGGGCAUGUCGAUGGCAUAGAGGACAUCCAGUUUUUAGACAUCAAAAAAUAGAAAGUCUACCCAUACCCAGAGGUUUGAGUGGAGUGUCCAAUACUUCCCAAGAGGGAGCCCGUGCCUUGGUCAACAGCCCUUGCUAUGCCAUCCUUUGCAUUUGUGGUGCCAAUGUUUUCCAACUACUUAGAAUUACGCAUCAUCACAUGCUUGUUUCCUAUCAAAACCACUCACAGUUUCUCUGCCUGGAAUAUUCCUGUGCCCUCAUGUAUCUGAUUUGCUCUUACAAUUUUUUAAGAUUAGGCUCUAUAUGGCUUUUCUGUUUUACUGAACCAGGCAUGUUCCUGAAAGUGACUCUUAUUACACUGACCAAACCUGAAUGGUCUUCCUUCCCUAAAUAAAUUAUGUCACUUUACCAUGUGUGACAUGUUAUAUGUUGUGUGAUUGGUAGAGGUUUCCCAGGGUGUUUGAUACACAUUGUGCUUGGAUAUGAUGGGUACACAAUGUAGGCUGAAGAUGUGUGUCAUUGGACUCAUUCCUUAAACAUGUCUCUAAGGAAAUGCAUGCAUUUUAGAUAGGUUAAGUCAUUAUGUUUCCUGAGGCAUAAUAAACUAAGUAGAAGAUAAUGGCAGAAAUAUACAUUAUAUGUUAAUUAAAAAAAAACAGAAAAGAAAGAAGAUAAUGGCAAAAAUGGGGUUUCUGAUAAUAAUCAUUUUCACUAGGCAGAGGUAUAGAGUAGAUAUGCGAUGUUAAAAGGUAACCUUCAAGAAUGGGUUUUAAGACUUAAGUUUUGUUGGAGGAAAGAAGAAGUAAAUUGCAGAAGGAAAUGUUGAGGACACAAGAAAGUAAUGUCCAUGAGAAUUCUGUUUGCUAAAUGGGGAAGAGUGAUACAGAGAAGGAUAAACCUUCACUUCAUACAAUUUUGCCUCCAGCAGAUAUGGGGAGGAGAAAUGUGGAACACUAAAGUAACUUGUAUCCUUUAGCCUCCUGCAUUGUUGAAUGACUCCAGUCUUGAAAAACUUGGAAAAGGCCAAGAUCAUAACACUUUCAGUUAGGUGGCUGCAUUCCUAGUCCUAGACAUCUAGCCCAUGAGUAGUCAAGGAAUCUAGGUUAGUCAUCAUAUUUCAAGAAGAGCUCCUCAGCUUUGCAGUUUUUCAGUGCACCUGGAGAUGAGCAGACACUGGGAAGAUGAUGACCUAUAGUAAUCAAACUCACAAGAGAUUAGUGUUAAACCAGUG